AUGGAUGCUUCGUUGUUGAACUGGCAACAUCUGUCUUCAACAGCAAGCUUCUUAAUACUUUCAUCGCUGCUUUUGGGGAUACUUUCCCAAGUCCUGAGUCGAAGACUCAAAGUACCAACGCCCCUAUCUGAAGAGGUAUCCGAUAUUCUUAAUAGAAAACGGUCAUACGGCACGAACGCCAGGAAGCUGCUCGACAAGUACUAUGAGCGGUUCAAGAGCAAGCCUUUCGGAAUUGACACGAUGGAUGGCGUCAAAGUCGUCUUGCCCCUUGCAAGUGUUGACGAACUGAAAAGCCACCCGGCGUUGAGCUUCAAGGCCUCAAUCGACAAUGAUGCGCUGGUUAACUACACUGGCAUUGGAGGUGUAGAUGCUUGGGGGGUACACCAGAUCUUGGCAAAAAUGAACCCCAGCUUGGGUGCUUAUGUCCCUGUCUUCCAUGGAAUGAUCCAAGAACACCUUCCUAAGUUUCUUGGAGCUCCGACAGAAUGGACUCCAGUGAAGCCACACCAUCAGUUCUUUGAACUUGUCGCAAUUUUGUCGGCAAGAAUCAUGCAUAGCGAUGAAGCAGCCCGAAACCCUGCGUGGGUCAAGCUUUCGAUGUCGUUCGUCAACACUGCUAUCGAAUACGGCUCAGCCCUCAAACAGUGGCCGCCUUUUCUCCGCCCAUUCGUCGCCUACUUCCUACCAGAGCGCUUGGAGAAGGAGAAACAGUGGGCUGAAGGGCGCGAUAUCGUCGCAAAAUCCAUGGCACGAAAGAAUGCUCUGGGCGGUGCGCCUCUGGAGAACCCUCCGACGAUGCUGGACCACUUGUCUAGCGGGGAUCACGCAAACAAAGCCGGUGACUUGGACCUACAGCUCUUUCUGCAGAUGACUCUGGCUGUGGCGAGUAUUCACACAACCUCAUCCACCAUGGUCCAAGUUCUGUAUGACCUUGCCGCAUACCCCGAGUACACCGAAGAGCUUCGGAAGGAGGUUGUGGAGGUUUUGGAGAGUUCUGGUGGCAUCUUUACCAAACAGUCACUUGGCGAGAUGAAGAAACUCGACAGCUGGAUGAAGGAGAGCCUGAGAAUGAAUGCCCCUGAUCUGACUACAUUCCAGCGCAUGGCGACGAAGCCUAUGACUAUGAAGGACGGAACUUAUAUCCCCGCCGGAACAAAAAUGGAAUUACCAACUAGCGCUAUCAACUUUGACGCCUCUAUCUAUCCCGAUCCGCAUAAGUUCGAUGGCGUGCGAUCGUACCGUCAACGCCAAGAAGAAGGAACGGCACACAAGCACUCAUUCGUCAGCGUCACACGUACGGAGCUUGGUUGGGGUUUCGGCAGGCAUGCGUGCCCGGGCAGAUUCCUUUCCGACGUCGAAAUCAAGCUCAUGUUUGCGGAAUUUCUCUUGAAUUAUGAGAUCAAGAACGUGGAUGGUCAGCCACGGUCCAAGAACGUAGAAUUCGGGGUGAACGUUCUACCUGAUCCAGAACAUCAGGUUCUAAUUCGGGCACGCAAGGUCUAA